AUGACUUUUACUAAAUUUUUUGAUGAUCUUUCUAAUGAACUUUCAAAUAUUUUAGAAGACUCAGAUGAUUAUGAUGUUAUUAUUCAAGCUGGUAAAGAACCAGAAUUUAAAGAAUUUAAAGCUCACUCUGUUAUUUUACGUGCUAGAUCCCCUUAUUUCAAAGUUGCUUUAUCCGAUAAAUGGAUGAAAAAUAAAGAAAAUAUUUAUUAUUUUCCAAAGCCGAAUAUCUCACCAGCUGUAUUUCAUUUAAUUUUACGAUAUAUUUAUACAGGAAUUCUUGACUUAAAAGAUCAACCUGGUUCCAAUAUUUUCGCUCUUCUUAUCGCCGCUGAUGAAUUAUUGCUUGAUCGUUUAUUCGGUCACGUACAAAAAUAUCUCAUUAGUAAUGAGCUUAAUUGGAUUAGAGAAAACCUUGUUAUGAUUAUACCUACUGUCUUCAAGAUUCAACGUUGUAAAGAAAUUCAAGAUUACAUUACGAAUACUCUCAACCUGUCAAUAAAUUCGGAUUCUGAUCUUUAUGAUCUUCUUGAUGUUGCUGAUGAGUUGGCUCUUGAUGGAUUGAUUAACCGCAUUUCAGAACAUCUUAUUGAAAUCAAACCAUCUUGGCUUAAAGAAAAUUUAGUUAAAAUUUUGUUCAAUAUCAUUGAACUGAAAAGAUGUGAGAAAAUUCAAGAUAGUAUUAUAAAAUUUAUUGGUGAAAAAGAACUCUCUUGGCUUAAAGAAAAUAUAUUUGUGUUUUUAUGGGAUACCGCCAGCCUCGAAAAAUGCAAUAAACUCAAAACUUAUAUCAUGGAUAAUAUUUGCUUGGAUCCAGAAACGUUAUUAUUUGAGUUAGAGGACUUUCCAAGAUUAGAAAAUUAUCUUUUUUUGGAACUUAUUGAGAGAGACAAUUUAAUUAUCGAGGAAAUCAAUGUUUGGAAAUAUUUAAUGAAAUGGGGAAUGGCUAAAUUUAUUUCUUUAUCAAAAGAAAAAUUUGUCAAUACGGAUAUUAAUAAUUUGGGAGAAAAUGAAUUUUCAACAUUUAAAAAAUAUAUAGAUCCAUUUAUACCUCAUGUUCGAUUUUGUGAAAUUUCACGGGCUGAAUUUUAUCAUCAUGUUAUGCCUUUUAAAAAAGUAUUGUCAAAAGAUCUUUAUAAAGAUUUAAAAGGUUAUUUUCUUGCUGAUAUUAAACCACAACAUGUUAAGUUGCAAUCACGUAUCAAAAUCGACUCUAUCAUAAUCAAAAAGGGAAAUGCUCAAGACAUAUUCAAAUGGAUCAUGGAAACAACCCUCAUCAAAAAACCUUCCGAGGUUAUACUUAGCCAUCGAGUGGCGACCCGCGAUAGAUUUAAUUCAAAUGAACUUAUCGCCAAGCUUAAAAGUAGUUCAAAAGUUUUGCUAAUUAAGGUUAAAGAUUCAGAUAUUAUAAUUGGUGGAUACAUUAAGAAUUUUAUUUAUUCCGAUUUUAAAAAUGACAGAGCUGAAGGGUUUGUCGCUUGUUUUAGAAAUGGAAAAGACUCUAAUCUUCAUGAAUCUUGUAAUAUAGAAUUUCAAAUUCAGUAUAAUGCAUCAUCG